CACAUGGUUUCCUGCCGGUAGCGAAGGAGGCAACGGAGGGUAUCUACCAGGACAGUGGCCACAGUUCUACACGUAAGUCCCACCCUCUGUGAACAGAAUCACCUGCUGAUUCGUUGCAGUGGACAAAUACUUGGUUGGACGGGCUUGGUGCGCGUCGAUAACGAGACCUUCACAUGGAUGGGUGCGCCCAAGGACAUCCCUUCAGCUAACCAGACGUCGUAUGAGUAUACCUCGACCAAAAGCAUUUUCACGAUCGUGGCGAAUGACAAAGUGUCACUGAAGGUGACCUUCCUCUCGCCACUUACGCCGAAUGACCUCAAACGCCAGUCCUUAAUAUUUUCAUACAUGAACGUCGAAGUGGCUUCCCUAGACAACUUAGAUCACGAUGUACAGAUAUACACUGACGUUAGUGCGGAGUGGAUUUCUGGCGACGUUGCUGUGACUGCACAAUGGGACUUUGGCUUAGUCCACGAUGUUGUCUACCACAGGCUCUCGAGGCAAAAUCAGCAAGUUUUUUCUGAGUUCAACGACAGAGCCGAAUGGGGCAACUUCUACUAUGCCACCGACGCCCGAAAUGGUCUUACAUACCAGUCCGGCGCUGACGAUGAUGUUCGAGGUGGCUUUACGGCCAACGGCAAGCUGGCCAGCUCAAAUGACAUCAACUUCCGCGCCAUCAACGAUAGAUGGCCUGUCUUCGGCUAUGGUGUUGAUUUGGGAUCAGUAGGAUCCACAGCGGCGUCGACCCUUUUCUCGCUGGGCUUGUGUCAGGAUGAGGCGGUCCAGUUUCUCGGCGCGGACGGCUUAGUUACGCUACCUUCAUUGUGGAAGAGCUACUUCGCAGACGAUCUCGACGCUCUGGCGUUCUUCCAGAAAGAUUUUACAGAAUCAAGCAAGCUCUCAUCAGAGCUGGACGACCACAUCUCUAAGGACUCCAUCGCAGCAGCGGGCCAGGACUACGCGACUCUAACGACACUAGCAGCACGCCAGGCCUUCGCGGCGACGCAGCUAGUCGGCACAGAAGACAAACACUACCUCUUUUUGAAGGAAAUAUCUUCGAAUGGCAACACACAGACUAUCGAUGUGAUCUUCCCGGCAUCGCCCAUUUUCUUCUACACAAACCCAGAGCUCAUCAGGUUACUUCUGGAUCCGCACUUUGAGAACCAAGAGAGCGGUCAUUAUCCCAACAAAUGGGCUACCCAUGACCUUGGUACACACUACCCGAACGCAACCGGACACCCUGCUGGCGAUGACGAGCCAAUGCCCUUGGAAGAGUGUGGCAACAACAUCAUCAUGGUCCUAGCCUACGUUCAACGGUCCGGGAACAUCGACUAUAUCAAACAGCACUAUACCAUCCUCAAACAGUGGGCCGAGUACCUCAUCGAGGAUAGCCUUUAUCCUGCCGAGCAACUGUCGACUGACGACUUCGCCGGUCAUCUUGUGAAUCAGACCAACCUGGCGCUGAAAGGAAUCAUUGGUAUUGAAGCAAUGUCACAACUAUCAUCUCUCGUCGAAGAGGCAUCUGACGCACAGAACUACACAACAAUCGCGCAUGACUACAUCGCAGAUUGGCAGGCCCUCAGCAUCAACUCUGAAGUGUAUCCACCGCAUGCCAUCCUCAACUACGGCAAUGCCUCAACGUGGGGUUUGCUGUACAAUCUGUUCAACGACAGGCUGCUCAAUACCAACCUCGUACCUCAGGAGGUAUACGAUAUGCAAUCUGCGUUCUACCCAACUGUAAGGGAGAAAUACGGUGUCCCACUCGAUACACGGAAUAGAUACUACACAAAGUCCGACUGGGAGCUGUUCUGCGCGGCUAUCGCGAGUGACGAGACAAGAGACAUGUUCAUCAGCGACUUGGCAAAGUUUGUCAACGAGACACCGACUAGCAGGCCUUUCACGGACUUGUAUCAGACAAGCGAUUCUACGUUCCCGCCGGGGUUGACGUUUAAAGCUAGGCCUGUUGUUGGAGGGCUCUUCGCGUUGUUGUUGCUUGAGCAGAGGAAGAGCUCGUAAGGUGCAGACUGAUGUUGUCGUGUCAUGCCCUCAUUCUGCGUCGAUUACUUGAUUACUAUUGAAUUCAGUUUCUCCUUUCCACUGAUUCAAAUUUCACCCAUUAGGCUCCUACACAGCACGUUCCGAACGCUCACUUCUUCCCCUCCUCCUCCU